AUGAUGGCCGAAGAGUACGAGGACAUUCUGGACUCUCUCGAUAAUAACAACAAUUAUUAUUCCGGGAUCGAUGAUGAUGAUCUCUCCUCAAGCCCACGAGUGUCCUCACACUCCACUGAUCUUGAAGAGCUCGGUCUCGAGAUAGACAAGAUCGAUAUAUCGUCCGAGGAUGCAUCAUGGGUAGAUCCUCUUGAGUCCGCAAUCACAGCCACCCGCAACGGGUCGGCUUCAGUCCUGAGCACCCUCUCCCAGUUUACUACAAUCCUAUCGCAAACCGGAAUUCAUGGACCUCGUCUCCUUAAAUCAGGCAAUCUCGACGCGCAGGCUACCAAAAUUGGUUCCGGCGGCCAAUUUGUGGUCUUCAAGGAUCCGAUCUUCGAGGGACAGGUCAUCAAGCGCGUCAGAGUCCCGCUCUCCACUAAAUCCUCAGAACGUUUUGCAAGCAGCAUCCAGUACCGUCAGCAGCUCAAGACGCUAGAAUUGGAGAUUUUGUCUCUGUGUAAUCCUUUGCUCCGAUCACAUCCCAAUAUUACAAGCCUACUAGCGUGGGGUUUUGAUUAUCCCUCGACAGAUCUGGCAGUGCCGGUUUUGUUUAUGGAAGCCGCUAUUAUGCCUUUGGAUGAGUUUCUUCAGGCCGAGUCGCGUUCGUUCGACAUCAGAUAUCAUUUUGCACUGGACAUCGCGAAUGGAUUGGAAGCACUUCAUCAUCUCAGGAUCGUACAUGGAGACGUGAAACCAGAGAAUGUCCUUGUCUUUACUGGUCGCGAUGAAAAGGUGCCAUUUUGCGCCAAGUUGAGCGACUUCGGUGUCUGUCUUGACUUGGAGGCUUCAAAUGGACGUGUUGUUGCUACUGACUACCGCGGUACGGAUGCCUGGCGAGCACCAGAAUUGAGCAAUGGCAAGCUCACCGACUUUGGUGACUUUGCAGUGGAGUGGAUGUUCAAAUUUGACGCAUAUAGCUUCGGGCUAGUAUUGUUGUCGCUGUUUGCCAGCCGCGGCCGGGUUCCUGACUUGGGGAAAGAUCCCCGUCAAAUUUCAGAGAGGAUAUCUGGUCUAUUGAGAGGCCAACAGGACAUAGCUUCUGAUCUUCGUCUCGAGCUAGGUAAGAGUAUCAAAAGUCUCCUUGCGGAAGAUCCAAGGGAGCGCAAGGUGCCGAGUGCAAGUAUGCUGAAACUUGACUGCCCUGCAUAUGCUUUAUGUCAUGUCGGCAUUAUUGAUCCAGUAUACAAUAAAGGUCCACUUUUCUGGUACAGGCUUGAUCAGAGCAUUCGUACGGAGCUAGAGGUCCAGAAUCAGCUCGGAAAAGAAAGCGAUGGACCCCCCUUUGGAGGAGACGUCCUCUUUGGGAUGGCCCAGACCAUCACCGGAGAAAAACCAUCCUAUCUCGACCGAAUGCUGACCUACCUGGAAGAUGCUGUGAAGACGGGAUAUUCACCAGCAAGAGCUGUAUAUGCGCAGAUCAUGACAGCGCAUCGUCGUUCGCCCGGUUUUAGUGCCACCGAGUUGGAGAGAUGGGCUUUGCAAGCAGUGUCAGAGGGAUACUUCUUCGCAGACACAGCCCGAUACGAAAAGGAAAAAAUUGAAAUUGCCAAAAAGAAGUUCCGAAACCACGGAGGGUUCUGCUCAGAUCCCUUCUUGCUCAAGAAAGAGGCCAGAGCGGCCUUGGACGGAAAUACGGCAGCGGAAUGGGUAGCAACGAAUGGUGCUGUCGUCGACCGGAUUGGUAACACGCUUCUACAUGCUGCUGCUACCCUUGGAGCACUUGGUGCGAUAGAGAGCCUGUUGAAUUCCGAAGGAGUGGAUAUCGAUGCGAAGAAUGACAACGGCGAGACACCCUUAUACAAGGCUUUUCAGGCUGGACAGUCUGAAGCAAUCGAUCUUCUGCUACGCCGAGGAGCUAGUCCAGGCACCAAAACUCAGCAAAACCUCACGCCACUUCAUUGGUUGUUCAUGAUUCCCGAUUGCUCAAUUGAAAGAAUUGCGAAAGUCAUGGUUGAUGGCGGCGCGAACGUUAAUGCUGUUGUCGAGCCAGCCGUGAAAGAUAACAGUGGCGGGUUCCAAGAGAAGAUCCAGAUAUUUCAUUAUCCCUUUGAGCUUCCACACGGUACACCAUUGCACUGGGCUUGCUUCUUUCGGCAUAAACCAGCAAUGGACACGCUCCUGUCUCUCGGGGCAGACAUCAACGCAUUUUACCACGGAGGCGACUCUUCAUCUACGCCUUUGGCUUUGAUUACUUAUUUUGGCGAGGCAGAUCUCGUCCGAUACUUGAUAUCGAAUGGAGCCGAUGGCACACUACUUGACUCAAUGGGACGGAAUCCCCUCCAUGGAAUUUCGAAGUACUUUCCUGAUCGACAUGGCUAUCUCCCUUAUCAUUGGCAUUACUGGAUUCGUCAUGGGGACUGGGAAACCCAUCAGGCGAAGAUGAUGGAGUUGAUUCAGACUCUGACGGAUUCUGGUGCGGAUGUCAACGCAAAAGACAAAGGCUACCCUCCUUUGACGCCAACAGCUGCUGCCGCCGAACUGGGCGUUUGGAACGGAGGUGCUAUUAGCGCCUUCUUAAAGGCUGGAGCCGAUAUAGAGACAUCGCUUCUCUCCGCUGGCGACACAAUACUUCAUACAUGGGUGUCAAUCGUAGCGCCUCGAUUGGACUAUCCCGAAUCAUACCUGUCGACUCUUCAAACUAUUGUCGCAGCCAUACCCGACAUCGAUAUUCGCAAUAGAUUCGACGAAGACACUCCCCUACAUCUACUAGCCACGACCUACCACGAUGAGGCCGAAUUUGAAGCAGCGUAUGAGAUUAUGGCCGGUCACUGCAAGCCUCCAGACCUCAAUGCAAAGAACCGCCGAGGGCAGACUCCACUGUCCAUAGCACUCGAGACGAAUCUGGAUCCCGCACGACGAGGUCGCUUCCUACUCGAGAAGGGUGCCGACCCUCGUAUCCUUCAUAUUCGAGGUCGAGACAUCCUCUAUUCAAUUGUCGAUAACGCUACUCUCGCGGACGAACCCACCUGCGACUUGAUCCGCACAUUCUUACUCCAUCUCGAUCCCAACAUCCACAGAGCAUAUGAGACUCAUUUCCUCCCCAAUACGAAAUGCCACGAAACCCUGAUUGCAGCCGCAAGCCGUGGGAAACCAUCAACAGUGCAGCUUCUUCUCACCCUCGGACUCGUCAAACACAUCAACCAAACCGACGAAUCCAAAUCCCCUCCCUGGACGGCCCUCGAUCAAGCCCUCCACUCGGCAGAAAUCAGCCGUCGCGCUCACAUCCAAAAAUUAGUCUCUUACAGAGCAGGUUCAGCCCGAAAAAAGGCACUAGAGUCUCAUCUCGUCUACGAGACCACUCAAGGGCCCCCACAUCGCGCAGCAGAAGCUUACAUGUGCUUCCCAGAAGUAAUUCGGACCCUGCGCGCCGCAGGUGCAAAGAGAACCUGUGAAAUUCAGGGACUUUCGAGUGGUGAUUAUAUCCAACAGCCUCGUGAAUUUGAUGAGACUGAGAUGAGUCAGUACAAGUUCACGUCGGAGACGCAGCCAAACAGGGAGAUGUGGCAGAUUCUGUAUGAUUCGGCGAAAUACAGUGGCCGGGGAUGGUGGAAUAAGUUGACUGGUGGGGUUUUCAGUGUCAAGAAUUGA